UGUUGGGGAAAGUUUACUUAUGUGUCCACUUCUAACCACACUCUUGCCAAAUCAUCAUUAAAAAAUAUUAUUUCUUUGCCGUAUUUAACUUUGGUGCCAACUAAGAAAUAUGACUAGGACUAACAAAAUUUCAAAAUUCAAAUUUCCCUCUUACCACAAACAAACAAACAAAAAGGAAACAGAAAGCCCAACAAAAAAACCCAUCACAUGUGAACAUGACUGUCAAAGCUACGUUGUAUCAGUUUGGCAAAAUUAUUUACUGUAAGAAAUAAACACAGAAAACCUAAUCCCAAAUUCGUGAGUGAUCAGCCCCUUUUAUGGCUUUUAUCAUCACUCUCACUGCAAUCUCUCCCUGAGUCUCUCCAAUAUAUAACAAUUUGAAAUUUUUUACUCUCUUUCAAAUUUCCAAUUCCCCCUAAAAUCAAAAUUUCAUUUCUCUAUUUGCAAUCUUUUUCCGGCUUCCUUCAAUCUUUUCUCUCUUCUAUCUCCCACUGCUAAAAUCGACAACAGGAUCUGAAACAGAAACUGCAAGAGAUUAAGAUGUCACCGCACAACGGUUGUGUGGCAAAGACUCAUUUACCAACUUCAAAUCACUCUCCGGCGACAUGGAGGCUGAGUUUCUCAACUCUCAAAGACCACAAUCAUCAUGUGUUUGACUAUGAAGGUACAUAUUUCUUUGCCGUAUUUAACUUUGGUGCCAACUAAGAAAUAUGACUAGGACUAACAAAAUUUCAAAAUUCAAAUUUCCCUCUUACCACAAACAAACAAACAAAAAGGAAACAGAAAGCCCAACAAAAAAACCCAUCACAUGUGAACAUGACUGUCAAAGCUACGUUGUAUCAGUUUGGCAAAAUUAUUUACUGUAAGAAAUAAACACAGAAAACCUAAUCCCAAAUUCGUGAGUGAUCAACCCCUUUUAUGGCUUUUAUCAUCACUCUCACUGCAAUCUCUCCCUGAGUCUCUCCAAUAUAUAACAAUUUGAAAUUUUUUACUCUCUUUCAAAUUUCCAAUUCCCCCUAAAAUCAAAAUUUCAUUUCUCUAUUUGCAAUCUUUUUCCGGCUUCCUUCAAUCUUUUCUCUCUUCUAUCUCCCACUGCUAAAAUCGACAACAGGAUCUGAAACAGAAACUGCAAGAGAUUAAGAUGUCACCGCACAACGGUUGUGUGGCAAAGACUCAUUUACCAACUUCAAAUCACUCUCCGGCGACAUGGAGGCUGAGUUUCUCAACUCUCAAAGACCACAAUCAUCAUGUGUUUGACUAUGAAGGUACAUAUUUCUAAUUUCAUUCAAGUUUUUAUGAAGUUAACCUUAUUUAUUUUAAGGAUUCACUUAUGGUUUGAUUUUUUAUUUGAUUAUGCUUGCUUCCUUUCUUUCCUUUAUUAUUUUAUUUUCUACUGGUGGUCUUUUGACAGAAGGUGUAUCUCCUCCACAUGGGGUUAAGAGUAGCUAUGGAGAUGCAAGCAUAAGCCAACCAAUUUAAGAAGUACAAUAUCUAAAGUUCUUGGCUUGAAGGGAAUUUCUAUGUAGAUUGAAGCAAGAAGAGUUUAGCAUUGUAUGCAUGACUAUGUUCAGGAUUUUGAAGAUCAAGCUAAUGCACUUUCUUGGGACAAAGAAGCUGAAAAGCUCAUUCAAGAAGACAACAAAACAGAACAAAAAUGUUUUUUUUGGAUUUUGUUGUCACAGGAUAUGGCAAUAUAGAAGGCGAAAGGAACUGGCAAAGAAGGAGAAAAUCGGAAAACUAUUGGAUACUCAAAUGGGACUAGCCCCUGCUCAUCUUCCAUAUGUUGAACUUUAUUCAUCCCAACACUUUAUUCCAUUCCAAAGCCGGGCGUCCAUAUACGAAGAGCUUUUUGAUGCACUGAACGAUGACAACAAUUAUAUAGUCGGGUUGCAAGGGAUGAGGGGCAUAGGAAAAACUACACUGGUCAAGGAAGUGGGAAACAAACUUGAGCAGUCCAAACAAUUUACUCAAGUCGUAUAUACGACAGUUUCAUUUUCUCCUAAUAUUAAAAAGAUUCAAGAUGAUAUUGCUGGACCCUUGAGAUUGAAUUUUGAUGACUGUAAUGAAUCAGAUCGACCCAGAAAACUAAGGAGUAGAUUAACCAAUGGUGACAAGAUUCUUCUAAUAUUGGAUGAUGUGUGGGGCGAUAUUGAUUUUAAUGAUAUAGGCAUUCCACACAUUGACAAUCACAACGGCUGUAGAAUUCUUGUAACCUCACGCAGUCUGUCAGUGUGCCAAAAAUUAGGAUGCAGUAAGACAGUCCAAUUGGAUCUCUUAUCUGAAGAAGAUGCGUGGAUCAUGUUCCAAAGACAUGCUGGUCUAAGCGAAAUUUCGACUAAAUAUUUGUUGGACCAGGGCCGUAAAAUCGCAAAUGAAUGCCAAGGGUUACCAAUUGCAAUUGUUGUUGUAGCCAGUAGUUUGAAGGGUGUACAACGUCGGGAAGAGUGGGAUGUGGCCUUAAAUUCGUUGAAGGCCUUGAACUUUGUUCAUUUGAUUGGGGUUAGUCCUUAUAAAUACAUCAGGUUUAGCUAUGAUCAAUUGAAGAAUGAGAAGGUGAAGAGAUUGUUCCUCUUGUGUUCUGUAUUUCGGGAAAAUGAAGAAAUUCCUAUUGAAAGGCUAACACGACUUUGCAUAGGAGCAGGCCUUUUCGGGGAAGUUGAUGGAAGCUAUGAAGAUGCUCGAACUCAAGUUGUUAUAUCAAAAAAUAAACUCCUAGACUCUUAUUUAUUGUUGAAGGUCGGGCAAAGCGGAGUGAAAUUGCAUGACUUGGUUCAUUCUUAUGCCCAAAUUUUUGCGAUUAAAGAGAUUCAAACAAUUAAAUGUUUGUUAUUUCAAGGCAAGCUAAAAGAUGUGUUUUCUUGUAAACUUGAUGGUUCCAAGCUGGAGAUUCUAAUUGGCAACGUGGAUAAGAAUGAAGACUACCACAAUAUGGAAGUCCCAAAUUCAUUUUUUGAUAAUAAUACUAGCCUUCGAGUAUUUUAUUUAAUCUAUGAUCAUUAUCCUAUUCUCGCUUUAUCAUUACCUCAAUCAAUUCAAUCGUUGAAGAAUAUUCGAUCUCUUCUCUUUACGCAUGUCAAUUUGGGUGAUAUCUCUAUUUUGGGAAAGUUGCUAAGUCUUGAGACACUUGAUUUGAAAGAUUGUAAAAUUGAUGAAUUGCCACAUGGAAUUGCAAAACUUGAGAAAUUUAGAUUGUUGAACUUGGAAGGUUGUGAAAUUGAAAGGAAUGAUCCAUUUGAAGUGAUUGAAAGAUGCUCAUCACUUGAAGAGUUGUAUUUCACAGGUAGUUUCAAUGAUUUUUGCCGAGAAAUAACUUUCCCUGAAUUGCAAAGGUAUUGCAUUGAUGAAUUUUCGAGAUCAGUGAAUGAUUCAUCAUCAAAGUAUGUGUCUAUUGUAGACAAGGAUGGAGUUUUCCUAUCUGAAACAACACUCAAGUACUGUAUGCAAACAGCUGAAGUUCUUAGAAUAAGAAGAAAUGAGUGGGGAUGGAGAAAUCUCAUACCCGAGAUUGUUCCUAUGGAUCAUGGUAUGAAUUAUAUAGUUGAACUUAGUUUGAGUUGCAUUUCAAAACUUCAAUAUCUCAUUUGCACUGACACUGAGUAUCCUGAUUUCCAAUUCCCAAUUGUCUUUCCCAAGUUGGUUGUACUAAAACUGGAUAGAACGGAAAAUUUGGAAGAACUAUUUAAUGGUCACAUUUCCCUUUGCAAUCUAAAGACCAUCAAACUGCAGAAUUGCCCAAUGUUAGUUUCCCUAUUUCAACUGUUUACUUAUCAAAGCUUGGUGUCGCUAGAGGAAUUACAAAUAGCUAAUUGCAAGGGACUGGAAAACAUAAUAAGCGAUGAAAGAAGAGAGGAGAAAUCAAGAGAAGAAAUAGAUUAUGAUGAGAGUCGUGCCUCCAUAUUACCAAAGCUAAAAGUUCUUGAUAUUGAGGGGUGUCCCCGGUUAAAAUUUAUAAUUCCCCUUCUCUCUGCUCAAGGCCUUCCAGUACUAGAAACAAUCAGAAUUAGAAGAUGUGAUGGAUUGAAAUACAUAUUUGGUCAAUACCAAGAUGUGGUAUUAUUCACUUCAUUAAAACAGUUGGAGCUGUCCCAAUUACCAAAUUUCAUUGAUAUGUUUCGCAAAUAUAAUCAUCCCACAUCCUUGUCUGAGAACGGUUCAUCUUCCACUUCCAAUUUUGGUUCCAAGCCACAAUUACAAUUGGACUACUCGGAAUCAAAUUCACACUGCCUUAGUAAAUGUGUUGGCUCAUUGUUUCCAAAACUAGAAGUUCUUGAUAUUGAGGGAUGUCCCUUAUUGGAAUAUAUAUUUCCUUUCCUCUUUUUUCAUGAUCUUCCAGUACUAGAAACUAUCAAAAUUAGAAGAUGUGAUAGAUUGAAAUACAUAUUUGGCCAAUACCAACAUGUGGAAUUCAGUUCACUAAGACAACUGGAGCUCUCUCAAUUACCAAAUUUCAUUGAUAUAUUUUGCAAAUCUAAUCAUCUCAUAUCCUUUUCUGAGAAGGGGUCAUCUUCCACUUCUCAACUGGACCCCAUAAAAAGCAAUAUCUUCUCUUGGGAUACCACCACAACUACUACAAUCCCAUUGGUUGAUGGGUACUACUCGGAAUCAAAUUCAUAUUGCCUUAACAUAUGGGAGAGAGUUCAAUGUCUUCAAAUACCAUCAAAGAUCCUUUACAAUAUUAAAAAGAUGGAACUGUCUCAUUUUUCCAUAAUAAAAUCAGUAUUUAUUCCAUCUAUUGCUUCAAUAAUGUUGUUGGAAACUUUGACAAUAAGGAACUGUUAUGAAUUGAAGAACAUAAUAGACUUUGGAGAUUAUGACAGUGGCAGCAAUACUUUGUGCAAUGUCUUCCCAAAACUGAAAGAGCUCUACAUUGAAGGUUGCCCAAAAAUGGAAUACAUAUUUGGACAGUACACUGAUGAUCAUCACGAUCACGUGAAGAUUCAGCUUCAACUUCCAGAAUUGAAAUGUCUAAGUCAUUGCAAUCUGCCAAGUUUAGUUGCCAUGUGGCCCAAACACUAUCGAAUAAAAUUUCCUGCUUUGGAAAAACAUGAACCCUAUAAAUGUUCCCAGGCUGCUAUCAAGGAAGAUGGUGAUGGGCAAAUUGCCACAACAGAAUCUGUUACCACUCAACACAUCAAUGGUAAAAACUUGCAGAAAACUAGUAAGAUUAAUGGUGAUCAAGAUUCUCAAAAUGAUAAUGCUGUCAUGAAAGUAAGCUUAAAUAUUGAGGUACAGUUUCCUAAAGGUUUUCCAAAUAGGACUGAAGUUCGAGCAACAUCAAAGGGAAAGCAAGAACUUGCUGUAAACGUCUCUGGUAUAGAGAUAACUUCAGUAGCAAAUUUACCAACAAAUUCAAAACCGUUGUUGUUGAAUGAUAAAACAUGUUUGGUGGAUCAACAACAUCAACUUGGAGAAAUUGGUACAGCCACCACACCUUCUCAGAUAAAUAAUAAAUAUGGUGAUGGCCAAAUAGUUGUAGCUUCUCCUCCAAUUUCCAUAACAAAGCCUCUUACCACUCAAGAUGUUGAUGUUAAAAACAGGCAGGAAAUUAGCAAGACUAAUAAUGAUCAAGGGGAGCCUUCUCAAAUAGAUGAAAAAUUAGGAGAUGGUGAUGACCAAAUUGCCAUGACUUCAUUUUCUAUUGCCACUACAGAAACCAAUGAUCAAGUGUCUUGCAAUGAUGAUGCUGUCAAGAAAGAAAGCUCAAAUAUUGCGGAAAAGUCUACUAAGGAAGAUGACAAAAUAAUUUCCAAAUCUCCUGUUGCAUCUCAAUUUCCUAUGGUUCCUUCUAAAGGUGACCCUUCUAAAACGUAGAAGAUUUAAGUUCUUCUUUGUUUGUCAAGACUGAUCUUGAGCUACCAAUCUCCUAGAAUUUGGAUUAUGAUAACUUGUCUUUGUUGACUAAUUUUGAUAAGAAUUGGUUGGAUAAUGUCGAAAGACACGCUUUGUUUCCUGAUAUAUACCAGUCUCUCAAGAUAUAUUACAAAAAUUAUUUGAUUCCAAGCAACAAAUUGCCAAGGAUGUUGAAGUACUGCAUUUGUAGAUAGAAGACCUUAAGCAUCAAUUGAUAUCCUCUAAAGCUGUUUUGAAUAAUCCUCUAAAGCAUCAAUUGCUAUGCUUUUAAUUAUGGGAGCUUUUGUCUUGUUUAUUCUUUUUCCUUGGGUGUGAAGUUUCAUCACUUGUCAUCUGAAAUGAACUUUUAAACCUUCUUAUUAUGUUUGUGUGUUUAACACUAUUAUUAAUUAUUAAUUGUUGUAUGUUACAUGAUGAAGUUAUUUUACUGAAUGUUCCUUUUUUUUAUA